UGUACUACUUAUUCUUAUAAAAAGUCUAAGUCUAUAAAAGGCUUUCAAGCUUCGAAUUUUGCCUGGCACUAUAAGCUAAAGCAUCUUAAUAUUGCUUAUAACAAAGAGAGCAAAAAGACUAGAAAAGUCAAAAAAAGCCUUACAACUUUAGAAAGUCAAAAACGCAUACGACAAAAUACAAUUACCAAAUUUGACGAAAAUAAAGCUUAUACAAAGGUUUUAAGCUUUAUAAUCGACAAUAACCUUUCUUUCAAUAUUCUAAAUUCAGAAUCUUUUAAAGACUUGUUAAAUUAUUACAAUAAGUCUACGCCUAUAAUCAACUGUUACAAAAUUAAGACUAUACUUAACAGUGCAUAUAAUAAUGCAUUAUCAACCUUUAACAACUAAUUACAGCAAAAUAUCAAAUCAAAUAGCCAAUUUUCAAUAAUCUUUGAUAUAUAGACUUCAAAAGUUUCUUCAAAU